AAAUAAUUGCUUGUGGAAACUUUGGUGAAGUGAAAUUGCGCUAUAUAAGAUUAAGGGAAGCACUAUGAAGUCAGCAAUUUGGCAAAGUUAGUUGGAUUGAGAAGAUGAAAUUGUUUACGGCACUAUUCUUUAUCGCUUUCGCGAUCGUCCUGGCUGAAGGUCAUCUGGGAUUUGGACGUCGGGGAGUUCGUGAAUCUCGUGCACUCCGUGGAUCUAGCGGACGAAGCCUAGUUGGUUUUGGAAGAUCUAGAGGUAUUCCACAAAUUGGCUUACGGCCAGUAUUUGGACGAUCUCUAUUACCUGGAUGGCGUCCAGGCAGACGUGGACUACCUAGAAGAUCUCCCCGAGGUUUUGGAAAGCGCAUUGGUCUUAUUGGUCUACCGUGCUUACGCCCACGUCCACGUCCUCGUCCUUGCCGUCCACGUCCAACCGUGGCAGCUCCUACUGUUGCACCCACAACUGCUGCGCCUACCACUGCUGCACCUACAACUGCUGCGCCUACCACUGUUGCACCUACAACUGUUGCACCUACAACUGCCGCACCUACAAGUGCAGCACCUACAACUGCCGCUCCUGCACCACCUCCACCCACAACUGGUCCGUAAAUUUGUUGUCAUUAAAAUGUAAAGGAUUUCAAUAUAUAUAUAUGUCUUGCUCCGUUAAAAAAAGUCAUAAUUUUUAACUAUAGUUCUAUCUGCCUGCUGUGAUGUGUUUUUGAGAGAAAGCUAGUUAGGAUCGAAUAAACUGAAUAUUUAUCAUUACAGUAACAUAUCUCUUUCUUCGACCGCUUAGGAAUAAAAAUUAUAUAAACGAAAGAUUGUUCUCGA